UGAAGAUGCUGCAGGCUGCUCCUCAACUUCAUUCUCAACAGAGUCUCGGUCUAAUGAUGUGUUUAGCGCCAUUUGCUCACUCGUCAUGAUGCUUAUGAACUCGUGAAAUACUCAGCUGAAACAUGAGUGAAUAUUCAAACCAGAGUCAGUCUGGCGGUGAUUAUGAAUGGCAUUAUGAGUAUUAUGAUGACGAGGAGCCCGUGUCCUUCGAGGGACUGAGAGCCAACAGAUACUCUAUUGUGAUUGGUUUCUGGGUCGGACUGGCCGUGUUUGUUAUCUUCAUGUUCUUUGUUUUGACGCUGCUGACCAAAACAGGAGCUCCACAUUCAGAGAUCCCUGAUCCCAGUGAAAAGCAUCAUGGUCUAGCUGACUGUGUGCUGGAGCUCGGCGGCUCUCAGGCGUUUUCUCUCCCGCCGCUGCCGGACGAAUCACGUUCCCUCUUUCACUUCUACAUUCACGAGGAGGCCGUCAGAGAUGCUGUGAUUGGCCGAGGGAGGCGUUGUGGGCGUGGCCCCGAGCUCCGCCUCCAGGGGGCGGCAGAGGACGAGAGAGGUGAUGAAGACGAGCACUUCCUGUCCGACUUCCACAUUCUGAACUUCGUGAGCUCCGAGCAGAACUCCAGCAUCUGCAACGAUGACGUCCUGCUGUGUGAGCCGUCAAUCAUCACAGACAGCCAAUCGGCAGCUCUGAAGAGCUUAGAGCCCGCCCACACUUCCUAUGAUGUCAUCAGACACUAACACACAGACUCACUUCUCACAGGGACAGUGACUGAUUUUUAAUAAGCUGCUUAUUUUCAAGAAAUGCAAAUUGAAAUGAGGAUAUAUGGCUCGU